UGUCCCCGCGCGGCCCUGAGAAGCGGAGUGACCCCCGGGCCGGGCCCUCGGAGCCGCCGGAGCCAUGUCGGCCGCCUUCAGGAAAGCCGCCAAGGCGCGGCAGCGCCCGCACCGCGAGCGGGCCCAGCCCGCCUCUCGGACGAAGCUGGGCUUGCUGGAGAAGAAAAAGGACUACCGGCUCCGCGCGCAUGACUACCACAAGAAGCAGAAUGCUCUCAGGGCGCUGCAGAAGAAAGCUCUGGACAAGAACCCCGAUGAGUUCUACUUCAAAAUGAUACGGGCAGAGCUCAAAGAUGGAGUCCAUGUAAUAAAGCAGCCAAAGGAUGAAGUGACCCCGGAGCAGGUGAAAUUGAUGAGGACACAGGAUAUUAAAUAUGUAGAAAUGAAAAGAGUGGCAGAAGCCAAGAAAAUCGAGCGGCUGAAGGCAGAGCUCCACUUGCUGGACGCGGCGGGAAGCGCCCCGGCCCGGCACCUCUUCUUCGUGGACACUGAGCGCGAAGUUCAGGAGUUUGAUAUUGCCACUCAGCUGGACACUGUUCCCGAGCUCGUAGACAGAGUGUACAACCGACCAACCAUUGCAACGCUGCAGAGAGAGACACUAAAGGGAGCUACUGAUCCUGCCCACCUAAAGAAAUUAGCCCAGCAGAGGAAGAACCAGUAUGACCUCCUGAGGCAGCGCAUUGAGAGGGAGAAGGCCAUGUUUGUCAUCUCACAGAAAAUUCAGACACGGAAAGAUCUCCUGGUGAGGGAUUUGGUUCUGGUUCUGCAAAUCUGUUCUCUUAAGGUCAUUGGGGCUGGUAUUGUAUAUGUUGUUCUGUAUAUAUGUAUGUGUGUUGUAUAUGUUUCUUCAUUCUGGUUUUAUAUUGACAUUUCCAGAGAACUCCUUAAGAUAAGUAAUCCUCUUUUAGUAUGGAAAAAGCAAGAAGAUGAAGCAUUCCAGUAAAUUAUAUCUGCUACUCCAAGUCUUACCUUGUCAGCAAGGACAAAGACUCAACUGUGAAAUUGUGCUCACAAGUCAUUUCUCAAGCACUAAAUGAACACUUUUAGGAGUCAGAGGCAGGGAACCAUUUUUGUAGGUUACAAGAAACUCUUAAAAAUCCAAAUGACCACAAAAAUCACUUGUCUCAAUGGGAGACUCCUGUUCACUGGUGCUUCUGAGCAAAUCAGACUGCGCCUGACAGCCUGAAGGGGAAAAGAGCAGAAGAAAUUAUAAUUCCCUCCUAAACAGUGCAAAGUGACCAUUUUUCACCAAUGGUCAGACCCAGACAGGGACUGAUCAAUAUGGGAAUGGGUGGGUUUUUUCCUUCUUGCAUGCCAGCAAAUAUUUGUUCUUUU